UGUGGCGCCGCGGCGCAGGUCAGGCCGGAGUAAGCGGAUCCUGGUUGUCACUGGUGGCACCAAGUCGGCGCCGUUGGUCAGUGCCGGUGGCUGGGCCAUGUCGGUGUCCCGAUUACGGCCGCGCGGUUACCGUGAGGCCGCUAUUAGAUAGUCCGGGCUGACCAUCAGCUUCAGACGGCAGUGGCUGUAACUCCAGGCCGGGGCUUGCUCUUUGUGGGAUGUUAACCUUUGCUUCAUGAUAUCUGUUUCCUCUUGGCAUUAAAAGACUCAAGAUUCAAGUUCCACUCCUGAACCUAAGCUCCUCAUCAUUGCAUCUGCUUUUGCUAUACUGUGGGAGUCAUAUGCUGUUACAGAUUUAGUCGUGGAAAACAUUGAAAGGAAUUGGAAGCAAAAUGUCGAUCAUGGGCUUAAAGAAGAAACAACCCAAAACUUUCAAAGUUAAGGUUAUCACCAUGGAUGCAGAGAUGGAAUUUAGCUGUGAGGUGAAAUGGAAAGGAAAGGAUUUAUUUGAUUUGGUGUGUCGAACAAUUGGAUUGCGUGAAACCUGGUUCUUCGGCCUGCGAUAUAUUGUAAAAGAUACAUACGCAUGGCUAAAAAUGGAGAAAAGGGUGUUGGAUCAAGAGGUUCCCAAGGAGGACCCAAUCACAUUUCACUUCUUGGCCAAGUUUUACCCUGAAAAAGUAGAAGAAGAACUCGUCCAGGAAAUCACGCAGCACCUUUUCUUUCUGCAGGUUAAGAAGCAGAUUUUGGAUGAGGAGAUUUACUGUUCCCCUGAGGCUUCGGUGCUGUUGGCAUCUUAUGCAGUUCAAGCUAAGUAUGGAGAUUAUGAUCCUAAUUUUCAUAAACCUGGUUUCCUGGCUCAGGAUGAACUACUGCCUAAAAGAGUUCUUAAACAGUAUCAAAUGACAGCAGAUAUGUGGGAAGAAAAAAUAACAGCUUGGUAUGCUGAGCACAGGGGAAUCACCAGAGAUGAAGCUGAAAUGGAAUACUUAAAGAUUGCACAAGACCUAGAAAUGUAUGGAGUAAACUAUUUUCCAAUCACACAAAACAAAAAGGAUACAGACUUACUGCUUGGAGUUGAUGCACUUGGCCUUCAUAUCUACAUCCCUGACAACAAACUCUCAUCUAAGAAGUCAUUUGCAUGGAGUGGGAUCCGAAACAUUUCCUACAGUGAAAAAGAGUUUACUAUCAAACCUUUAGAUAAAAAGGCAGAGGUUUUCAAAUUCUACUCUUCACAACUCCGAGUGAACAAGUUGAUAUUACAGUUGUGUAUUGGAAAUCAUGAUCUGUUCAUGAGAAGAAGAAAAGUGGAUUCAAUUGAAGUCCAACAAAUGAAAGCUCAAGCUCGAGAAGAGAAAGCCAGAAAAAAGAUGGAACGUCAAAGAUUAGCCAGAGAAAAAAAAUUGAGGGAGGAGGCUGAACGAGCAAAAGAAGAUCUAGAGAGACGCCUUUACCAGUUACAGGAUGAGUCAAGGCUAGCCAAUGAAGCCUUGAUCCGAUCGGAGGAGACAGCUGAUUUACUUGCUGAGAAGGCACAGAUUGCAGAGGAGGAAGCCAAGCUGCUUGCUCAGAAAGCUGCAGAAGCUGAGCAGGAGAGGCAUAGGCUGGAGGUCACAGCCCUGAAGACGAAGGAGGAAAAACGUCUAAUUGAACAGAAGAUGCGAGAAGCUGAGCUGAUAGCUGUCAAGUUAGUGGAGGACUCAGAGCGGAGAUCCAAGGAAGCAGAACAACUAAAGCAGGAUUUAAAUGAAGCCAGAGAGGCAGAGAGAAGAGCCAAGCACAGAUUGUUGGAGAUUACAAAACCUAGUUAUCCGACGACGACUUCAUAUUCUGCUCAUCCACCUGCCGAUGUUGGUGAUCUGAACCUGGAAACUGGAUCUUUUAAAUUUGACUUUAAAGACACAGACAUGAAGCGACUCUCUAUGGAAAUAGAACGAGAACGUGUGGAAUACAUGGAGAAAAGCAAACAUUUGCAAGAACAGCUGAAGGAGCUAAAGACUGAAAUCGAAGCUCUGAAACUAGAAGAACGACAUGCUAACAUGGGCAUCCCUACCAACGAAACUAUGGAAUUUGAUGAAAAUACUUACACACCACUCAGUAAUCUUAAUCUACAAAGUGUAACAGCCAAGACACAAGUGGCCUUUCUAGAAGAACUAUAAUAUCAUUGACAUUUGACUACCCAGCCUGGGAAAUGGAAUUUGAUGACUAUCUUCCUGCAUUCCGGAGCCAUCACACAGUAAAAAGGCUGGAUUUAGCAAUAUAUUCUUAAUGAAUUUCAGCUGCUACUUUUAUAAGGUCCAUUGAUACUGCUUCAGAAUAUGCAAAUAUAACCCACUUGAACAUGAAGUCAGACAUAUGUUUUUGUCAGUAAACUACAUGGGAAUUGUGUUUAUGAUUCCCUGUUAUGACACUAAACAUUAGUCCCAUUUGCUGUUUAUUUUACAAACAGCAACUAUAUGCUGUCAAAAAAGUGUCAAACAUUCAUGGAUCUAUUCACCAAUUAAACAGUUCACUCAGCUGAAACAUGACAUUACCUUAUCAUCACUACUUUCACAGCUCUUCAUAUCUUUAUUUUUGUUAGUGCAUGAAAUAAUAUUGUGCAUUUGAAUUUUUGGUGCCUGGCUCUUUACUUCAAAGAUGUCCAUCAGUUUACACACAAUUAUGGUUAUUUCACAAUGCUUUUGGUUGUUCUUUAUUAUCAAUAAUGUUUAGAUAUUCUUCUGGAUGAAUAUGUUUUAUACAAUUGUUGCAAAUAUAUAAUGACAACAGUUUUAUUAGCUGUGUUCAAGUCAAUGACUAUUAGCUGUUGAAUUUCAGUGAUUGUGAUAUGGAGGACAUUAUGGCAUUGUUGUAAUAUCACUUGUCUAAUAAUACAUAGACCCAGGCUAAUGUUCUGAGGACAUGGGUUUAAAUCGCACCAUGGAAUCUGGUGAAAUUUAAACUUAGUCAAUUAAUCUGGAAUAUAAAAUUAGUCUUGAGAAUAGUGAUUCUUAAAUGUCCUUUGCAAUAGCUGAGCAAGCCACUCUGUUCAGGGUGGGCAACAAAUGCUGGCCUUCCCAGUCACCUCAAAUCCCACGAAAAAAUAACAAUUAUGCAAAUAUAUAAAUAUAGAAAAGGUAUACCCAAGCCAUUUUGAUUAAAUUUAAUUCUUUAUAUGCUGCAGUAAAAUAUGAGUACAAUAGACCAAACUUCUUAGAUUUAAGACAAUUUGAGACUUCUGGACUGAUGACUACAGAAUUGUUGUUACCUACAAUUUAACUUCCAAGAGUACACAGUUUAUAAAAACUGAAUCCAUUUCCCCUGUUAACUUUUUAUAUAUUUAAUAUAAUUAUGGAGCUAACCGAUAGACAACUGCUGUUUUCAAUGACAUUUUUUUCAGUUGGAAUACCACAGCCUAUUCAGAGCUAAAGUUUUAUCAUUGAUUACUGCUGUACAGAAAAAGACAUUUUCAAACUAAAAUUUUAACAGUCCCCAAAGGUUUCAAGUAGAUUGUUUCAGUCACGUUUGGUCUUAGCAAAAACAGGCUUGCUGGUCCCUGCUGGAUUUGUUUUAACAAAAUGAGAAGUUCUGUUCAGGAUUUCCAUGCAUUCUCUUCAAUGUUGCUCAUUUUUGAUGACUAACAAGGUGAAGUGAAUUAAAAUGUCUGCACCAGGAUACCUUCUGUUGUUUCAAGCAAUUUUGGCUUUCUCAAAACUGUCACUGCCAUUCAUACAAUACAUGAGGUACUGGAAGACUGCUGUCUUGGGAAAUUGCAAGAUUAGCAGGUCGUGAGAAAAUGAAAUUAUAACGGUAAUGAAGUUGUCUAGUUUUACCAGCAUGCUAGUAAUUGGAAGCUAAUGGUUUGCUAUUCUUGAACACACCAAGGAUUCCAGAAAGGCAUUCUCAAUGCCACUGAGUGUGUCAUAAAAUUAUAAAGCACAUUGAUAUUUUCUGUGGAUUACAGCAUCUUUACUAUAUAUCAAAUAAUUAUUAAUUGCACUCUAUUUAUGCAACUAGGCAGUUCUUUCUGCGCUUUGGAUAUCAUAUUUGUACUUGGAAUCAUUGGUUACAGCACAAAGGGAGGUUAUGUGCCCUGUCGAAUCUGUUCUGGCUACUUGUACAAGCAAGUAGCUUGAUAAAACAUAGUGGGAAAUGUGAUGAUAUUAGAAAGGGGAGAAGAACUGAACUCAUCAAAUAUAAAAUCAAACACUAAUUUCUUAUUUUUGAGUCUUUUUAUAUAUGAACCAGUGAUGUCUUCAAAACCUUUUCUUAAGUAUUAAUUAACUUAUAUCAUCUUAUCAUCCUUUUCUGAUACUGCUUUAAUUAUCAUCACACUAAUAUUUACAUUAUUGGAUGGUCCCUGCAUUUGAGAUUACUUGAAGAAACUGUUGAAAGCCAUUGAAUUGACAUGUGAUUAUUUAUCAGGUGUAUGUUAUUGGUCAUGAUGCCACACCUAUAAGUAAAUUACUUUUAUCCUUGCAUUUUGUGACAUUUUAACAUUAAUACAUUUGUUUGACAGUUGGUUUUUACUUUGUAGUCAGAUUUACACUUGCUUUAUCCUUAAAAAUCAAGUUUAUUUUUUGAUUAAUUUGCAUUGUAGUUUUGAAGUAUUGGGUUGCAUAUACAUUUAUUUAAUUUGCAUUUCAUUUUUUAGGAAGAGUAGCAUUGAUAUUUUAAUGCAUUGUAUUAGUGUGAGAAUAUAUGCAAACUUCCUAACACCUGUAUCAGGAGAUAAGAGGCUAUGCUGUAAAUUUUUCAUUUGUAUAUUCCUGAACAAUUAUUGCUCUGAAUAAACUUAUCUCAGUUAUUAGAUUGCAUAUUAAACAUUGUUACAGUAUAUUCCUCAUCUUCUGGAAUGAUAAAUAGUGAGUUCUUAACAUUUUUCUGCCUUUUACAUUUUCUCUAUUAUUAGUUUAGGAAUUCCUACUAGAGUCAUAACAGAUAGGUUGGUGAGAACUAUUGUCCAUGAAACUAUUGUAGAUUCCAGAUCAGGGCAUUUAUGAAGCGUAAAACAGAAGAUCCAACUUCUUCUGUUACUCAGAAUAUCCACAACCCCUUUGUGGCAAAAAUGAAAUAAGUAAGGCAAUUAAGUAAAUAUUGUUGUUUUACUUGCAAUUUAAAUGUUAUGAUUGGGUCUCACUACUUUGGCCAAGAUUCCCUUGUUCCUCCAUGCAAAAGAUGUUGAGAUAGCUUUUAAUUAUCUUCCCAAGUCGAUAAUUCUUUCUACAUUUAGCACCUUUUUAAAGAUAUGUAUACUUCAUAAAUAUGGCACCGGACACAAUUCUCAUUCCCAAUGGUGCAUAGGCUAGUAAUUCAUUGGUUUGACAGGGUUUCAAGGGAGCAUGGGUAGGAAAGACACAUCAUGUCAGAUGAUACUAAAAAAUAAAAGUGAAAAAAAAGGACAUAAAAGUUCAUGCACGUAAUCAAUCACCAGCAAAAUAAGGUUUAAGUCACAUACCUCCCUUCAACUUUAUCUAGCAUUAGCUUCCAAUGCUGAUCCCUGGGUAAAGACUCAGCAUUUUACUUCCUUGACAGAGUUCCAGACUUCUUCAGGUUUUUCAUUUGUGCUGUACACCAAAAGACCUGCAUGUGUUGCUCUCUCAUGCACAGACCGAUUGGUUUAUUGCUGCCCUGCCCCAUCAGUAUGCUUUAGCCAAAAUCUGUACAAAUGGAGACACCAUCUGAGGCUAACACUAUUGAGUGGCAUCCCUUGAAUUACAUGCCAUCCCAACUACUGCAUUUCCUACCUCUGAGUUCUUUUCUGUAUAUUCACUGGAUAUUUUUGAAAGGCCCCUUUUUUUCACUUAGAAUAGCAGAUGAAAGCACUUCUGUCAUACUAUUUAUUAUUUUUGUUUGUGUUAAGGUUUUUAGUUGUCCUAUGACCCUGUGAUAAUCUAUUGUCCUUUCUCCUUCACUGUGUAUCCUUUCAUUUGACUAUACCUUUUCCCACUGCUUUGCUUCUCUCAUAAAAACAAAGUAUUAUGUCAGCAUUUUAAAAUAUACUUUGUAUAUCACAUGAUCGUUAGAACCAUUGAUUCACGAAAUAAGUAAGAUUUUGUAUCAAAUCAGCAAAAUGACACUUCCAGGAAAUGUAGAAUGUAUGGGAUAUUUUAAAUGUUUUCUUAUGAAAUUCUGCCCCAGCACUGAUACCAGUCCAUCCUCUAUAGAUUCAAAAUGUCUGCAUUACUGAGAGUUCACACAGUUAGCCUUUUUGUCCUCUGAGAGACAGUUGUAAAUGUGCCACAAGUGCAGUGAAGAUAAAACUUCCCUAAUGUCAUAUUGUUAGGAGGUGGAAGGAGUGAACUGUCUUCCUCUCAUCUUACUAUUCUGUAGCCACAACACAAAUUUGAGUAUUGUUGAAAAAAAAGACAUUUUGUCAAAGCCAUUUUUAUCUUGCACUCCAGAAGAAUUUUGGAGAAAACCAAUUUAAGGGGAAAACCUAUGUUUAUACACUGGGAGAAAACAGCACCAAUACACGUUAGUGAUAAUUGAUAAUUAACCACCAAGUUUUGUUAAAGUUUCAAACCAGGCAUGUUGACUGAUUGGUUAACAUAAUGCACUGAGAAAAGAGUGUUGAAUGGCUGUCACCUGUUUUAAGUUGAAACAGAUUCAGUGUGUGUAUAUUUCCUUUCAGUCUGCAAACAACAGGAUCUAGUGUGUUAAUAGAUGUAACUUCCAAUACAUACAUGUGUCACUCUGCAAGCUUGCUUAACCAUCCUAAAUUGGCUGUCAGCAUAAUUCUGUGUACACUGAGGAUAUUCAGCAAAUGAUUGCAAAAUGGCACCUAAUGUUGAGAAUUUGUUUUGCAUUUUGUAAGUGCAAGCUAGUUGGGUAAAUUCAGUACUUUGCUUGUUGUGAACAGCUCAAGCUACAUGCUGUUUGAUUCAAUUCCCUAACCUUUGGGACAUUUAGCCUCCAUGCCUGGUACUACACUGGCACUGAAAUAAAUGUACUGUAUAAUUCAUCAGUGUGAUAGGAAGGAAGUCAUUUUGCUUUAUCCAGUUCACAAUAUGAUUAGUUUAUGCUUUCUCUAUUAGAAUAAAAGGAUCUACUACCCAGGUUUCUUUAAUAAACUGAAACAUUGUGAUGAAUUAUAAAACAAACUUGAUUGCAUGAAGGCGCAAAACUGGUUAACAUGCACAAACAAACACCAAGGGAAGAAUUUGGCCAAUAAAUCGUAGUUCUUGGAAGCCAAAAGUUUUUAAAUACUUAAAUGGCUAUUGAUUUGCAGUUCGGGUACACAAAUAUGUAAAUGAACAAAUGCAAUUGUCACUUUUGAAAAUAUAGUCAUUUACAGAAUAUGUACAACCCCAGAGGUUCUCAAGCAAGAGCAACAGUUAACCAACGAGGGUUGUUUUUUCUCUGUAAACAAGAGCUGAGCUUUUUUCAACUGACUUCGAAAGAAUCCAAAACAAUGCCCAAAGCAGAAAGUGGAACAUGGUUAUUAUUCUCUUGUUCUUGUCAUUCGAAACAAUUUAAAGUGAAAGAGAAUGUAACAUAUUGUCUCCAUUUAGAGAAAGAUUGAAUUACAGAAGUGGCAGGAAAUUGUGUUGGAUGUUAACCUGUGUGGAAAUGAAAGGCAUUUGAAAAGAUGCAUACUCAAGUGGCAGGGGCCUGGGCCCAACUAUCUUUAGCUGCUUCAUCAGUACAGUAUCCCCUUGAACAUCAGGUUAGAAGUAAUGUUUACUGAUGAGUAAGUUGCACACACAGUCAGGAAAGGAGAGAUCGCAUCUGCAGUGAGACAUCACCUGUGUGAGAAUAGUUCUGGGACUUUGGAAUUUGGUGCAAAGGGGAAGAAGGGCAUUUUGCUUGGCUUUUUCAUUAAUGGUUGGUAAGACCCUUUAACAAGAUAAGUUGAAGUCCAGGAUCAGGAGCCCAGCACCAAAGAAAGUUACAUCACACAGAAACCAUAAGUUCAUUGGUUGGUAAUUGCUGCUAAUUUGCCUAUUAUACGUACAGAAGUCUAAACACUCAACAGCUGGUUUCACAACAGUUUCUACUCUACUGUUGUUAGAAUACUGAAUGAACUCUCAAACCCUUAAUCUUUGCCUAUACCUGUGUUUUGUUUUUGCCGCUGUUUACCUAUUAUUUCUAUCUAUGCUUCUUAACUGUGAUCUGCCUGUAUUACUCACAAGACAAAGCUUUUCACUGUGCCUCGAUACAUAUGACAAUAAAUUCAAUUCAAUUCAAUAA